AAAAUAUUAUUAUUGUUAAAAAUUUGUACGAUGUUUAGUCAAAAACAAUAACUUAUAACCGUAUUAGCGCGAUUUAAAAUUGAUUAAAUUGGUAUUCACCUAAGUAGUUUUUUAACUAAAUUCUCAUUCCGAUUCUGCAAAACACUAUCAGAUCUACCGAUUGUAUAAUUUUUAACUCAAUAUUGCCAGUUGAAUUUAUUGUAAAAUGAAUUCAGAAACUGGAUCGAACGAACAAAGUCAAGAUGAUAAAUCGUCUGCACCAAAGCCUAUUCCCGGGCCUCGUCGAGAAAUGCUCAACAGCAUGACUGAUGCGUCGCCUCCUAAAUUCCUGUCGUUGCCCGAAAUUAUGGUAGCGGCUAAGAAGUUGGAGGAUAUUGCGUUAGUUCAUGAAAUUGCCGUUAACGAAAAUUUCAAGUUACAACCGCAGGAACAUCCAGAUGAGAGUCUUAUGAAACAAGUUAAGGACACCAUGCACAAAGCAUUCUGGGAUCUUCUACGUGCCCAGUUGAAUAGUGAUCCUCCUGUAUAUUCGCAAGCCAUGAUUCUCCUGGAAGAAAUUCGAGAGAGCUUAUUGAGUUUAUUGUUGGACCAACACACUAAGGUUAAAGAUGAAAUAAAUAACGUGUUGGACGUUCAAUUUAUACAAAAUCAAAUAGACAACGAUUCGUUAGACUUUGAAUAUUACACCAAGUUUAUAUUGAACUUUAUGAAGACAAUGUGUGCUCCGGUGAGAGACGAUUCAAUUAAUGUUCUUUCCAUGUUAAAAGAUCCGGUCGAAGUGUUCAGAGGAAUAAUCGAGACUUUGAGUUUGAUGAAACUGGAUAUGGCUAAUUUUACAAUAAAUGCGCAAAAACGUGCGUUCAAUGCUUGUAGUGCCGAUUAUGAACGAGAGAAGUUUGCAGAGUACCUGAAAGUUAAACCUGACGCUUUAACAUUGACCGAAGAAUGGCUGAAACGUCAUAUCAACCCAGAGACACCGUCCGAAUCGUACAACAGUAUUAUGACGAGAGCUUAUUUGGAAAUAUUUACUUGGGACGAAAAUGUUAUAUUUCCUGAGGCUCUAGGGCUAGACAAAGAGAGAUACUUGAGUGUGAAUAAAAUUCUCGAGCUGUUAAUAAUCACUGCUUCGGCAUUCAUCGUCACGAUAUCAUCGAUAAGUAACACUAUACCAAACGAUCCGGAAUUCAAGAAACUUUUAAAAAACCAUAUUUUAGUAGUACUAAAAGACAACAAAACGGACAAAGAUAUCUAUUCGUUGUUGCCGAAUAUUGUUGAACAAGCGAUUAAAGAUACAAACGAGUAUUUAGCGUCAAUCGACAGACCGCCUUUGUCUCAAGACGUGACGACUUCAUUAGAAUCUCAAGUUUUGUCCAUCAAGGAACCCGAACAUAAGAUUAGAACGCUCGUCGAGCGACGUUUUAAAGAGUUUAUUGUCGCGGUCAUUAGCUGCAACAACGCGACUCCUCAACAAUGUCCACUCGGCUUGUCGGCGUUCAAAGACGAAUUGGCUACUAUUGCUGGCAGUUUUCUACAACUGGUCACGUACAACAGAAAAGUUUUUUCCUCAUUCUAUGAUGACAUAUUAAAAAAACACAUUAACUCUUGUGAAACUAAUUGACAAUAUGCUUGCGUUAAAAAUACUAUGCACGAUUGUUUUAUAUCUUAACUUGAUAUAUUUCUAUUAGACAAAAUAAUUUUAAUUUUAGUUUCUACUAAUUUUUUAACUUAAUCCUAAAAGAGUUUUACACGACCAUUCACAUUUAAUAUAUAUAUAUAUAUAUAUACAUUAUGUUAACUCGUCAAGAACGAAUGGCUCCAUAUGAUACUGUUAAGAGAUAUAUUGAAUUUGACGUAUAAAAAUCAUUAAGUUUAAUGAAUUAAAAAAAAAUUUAUUUCAUCCUUGAUGGGUUGAUUAUAUUCUAGAAACUAUAAUCGAUAUUUGUAUAAAAGUUAACAAGCAUAUUAUCAUAUUAUUUAGCUGUUUCUUAUUACAGAUUAAUAAUUAAUAUCAAGGUGGGGUAGAUUUUAAACAUUUCCUAGAUUUUCUUAUUGUCAAAAUGUUUUCAACUAAAAGUAUGAAAUAUAAUAUUUCUCAAGUACAAAAAAAAAAACGGUUAUAGGAGGAAAAAACAAAUAUCUUCACACAACAGUAUUCUUAAUUUAUAUACUAAUACUCAAUAUUAUAUAGACUGAGUAAUAACAUUUUAUGU